UCCUUUCUCGUUUCUGGCUCAGGUGAUGAUUCAUCAUCAUGGAGCAAUUUGGUAUCAUUGGAAGUGGCAUCCUUGACACUACCAGCCUUUUCAGGAACAGACUCCAGACUAGCUUCCAAUCCCUUAUCCUUACUCUCGGCAAACGAAGCAGCUUUUUCUCUAGUGACUCCAUCACUAGUAUGAUUAUUUUCAGAUUCAUUUGCUCCCAUUGUAGGGGGACCACGUAUAUCACCAUGCUGAUUUGUCAUACUUUGAGACUGACCUAAGUCAACAGAUUUCUGCAAAUUAUCAGAAG